AUGCUGUUCGCCGUGAAAUACUCGCACGGACCACCCGUGGCCUAUGUCCGGGCCGCCGCCUUCAACGAGCUGGACAUCCGACUGAACGGCGGGCAGGUCAAUGACAAGCUGUCCGAAAUCCUGCCGGCGGACGAUGCCUCUCGAGUGCCGCUCCGCGAGGCACCAGUUUCGGACGCUUCUCACCCUCCGCCUGGCGACGGCGCAGGCUCGGCGUCUGGCCAGCUGCGGCGCUCCGUGUCCGUCUCCUGCGCGGGCGGCCGUCUGACGGUGGCCGUCCCGUCGUCUGACGCGGAUGCCGUCUCUGUGAGUCUCCUGCACCUGGACGACUGGGGCUGCUACUCACACCGGAACGGCACGCAUCUGGUGGUCAGCGGGCCCCUGACAGAGUGCGGUACCGGCCAGCGCCGCGACAGGAGCGGAGCCACCGAGUACUUUAACACGGUCCAUUUCGUGGCGGCCCCUCUGCCGGAGGAUGACGAGGAUUUCGAGGGCUCCGGAGCCGGAAUUGGCGGCGGCGACGGCUCCCUCAGCUCCUGGCCGAGGCCACAGCGGACCAGCGGAGGCUCGGUGCCGCUCAGCUGCAUACCGCCGCAGGCAGAGCAGCCCAACGCCGACCAGGACGUCACGCUGGACAUUGACGAGGUGGGCGCAACCAUGUACGACCUGGAGCUGGCCAGCGACCCGCAGUUUGCCCGGCCCGUCGAGCCCAACGUUCAGGUGGCCGUCUCCGAGACCGUCUACAUCAGGGCCACCCUCUUCAUGGCGCCGUACCUGGUGCCGGUGGCGGAGCAGUGUUGGGCGAGCGGGGCGGCCUCGCCGGCCUCUGCGGCCGCCUCUGCUCAGGUGACCCUGGUGGACGGCGCGUGUCCGGCCCGCUCGACGGUGACCCGACUGACGGGUCGCGACACCUCCUCCCCGGCGGCUGUCUACAGGGUCCAGGUGACCCGCGAGUUCGCCGCCCUGGGACCAUACUACCUCCACUGCCGGAUCGGCGUCUGCGCCACCCCCGACUCCCCGGCCCGGCAGCACAUUGUGCAGUGUCUUGAGGACCCGGUGGGUCACUGCUCGGCCGCUGGCGUGGCGUCCCAGACCUCAGGACGGCGUUUGGCCUCAGGACUACAGGUCAUCAGCAAAGGACCCUUCUUCACCUCACUGUCAGCGGACAGCGACGGGGACGGGGACGCCGCCGGUCGGCGUCCGCUGCCUCCGAUGGGGGUGUCGCACGAGACGGUGGCCGGUAUCGGGGUAGCGGCCUUUCUGCUGGGAGUGCUGCUCAUGGGCGGCGUGUGGCUCAUACACACCAAAAUCGGUCCGACGAAGCGGCACCACUUCCAGGCAGUGCCGCAGAAUCCCGGUCUGGAGCCGGUGGGCGGCAGUGCUGGCGGGGGCGGCGGCGGCGGCGGCGGCGGCGGCCAGUCGGCCAACUCGACGCCCAACUCGCAGACGCCCAUCAUCCUGGCGGGCCGCGCGGCGCCGCCAGCCGUCGGGGUCUAGCCGCCGCCAGCCGCGCUCCACCGCGCUCCACCCAAGACAUCCACAGUACAAAUGUUGUUACCUCAGCAAGUUUGGUUUGUUCCUAUCUGUUCUCUGCCAUUCACAGUCAUUGCGAGAGCCGCCCUGCGUCGGGGCGUUGGCGCCUGGCGGGCCGAGCACCCGGGUACGGCCAGCGCGAGCUCCAGGGGAGCGACUCUAGCGCCGCCACGCGGCCGGACGCAGUACUUACCACCUGUCGAUAGACGCGUUUACAUAGGGUUUGUUGCAAGCUUAUAUCUCCGUCCGUGAUGUUGCAAAAUAUGCCAAUGGUGCUGAACAAUUUACAAAAUGAUCCCCUCUAAAUAUUUGAAGACCACUGCAUCGAAAUUAUCGCCAAAUUAACGAGCUAGAGCCUCGUCAAAUAUGCUAUGUAAACCGGGUUAGAGUGUGAGCUUGAUCACGUGACCUGAGGGUGGGGCCUGACACACCGCAGGGGGCUGGGGAGGAAGAGGGUCGUAGAAUGCAGCGCCCAGUAUCUGAGGGCGACCGUUUAGCGGGAGGGGGGGGGGGGUCUUAGUGUGCGACCAGAUGCAUAUGCGGAGUGCCGAGCUCCCGCUCUGCGCCUGAGCCGCGCUGGUCAAGAAGAUCAGUGCGCAGUUGUAUUUGUGCAUUUCACGUGCGUGGCGUGGGUAGUACGCGAGCCGUUGUGUAGAGUUGUUGGACGUGAGACUGAGUACCUGGAGUGGCCGUGCGCGACGCGAUUUAAUCACGGUCGUUACUAGGGGCGCGGAGGUCUGGCGCUCGAGCCACACGGGUACCGUCGCACGGGACGGAGGGCGGGGCGCCCCCUGCAGAGUAGGGCCGCGCGCCGCCGCUAGAGGACGGACAGUUUAGUUGGCCGGCCCGUGGGUGGUCGUUUUAGUAGGCAGUCUCAGCCGGGACCGUAGGCGGGUGGGCCUGUGAUGCCAUUAAUCACAUACGUAAUCGGUGACCAUAUCUGAGGGAAUUUCGGCGGCCUGUCGCGAUCCCGCUCCGCUGGAGGAGCCAUCCGUUGACCCUCCGUGCCCUGGACGGUCCGGAUCGGAAGUGCUGCUCAACUAGCGGCCGCCCUCUUGGAGAGGAGUUAGAAUGCACAUAUCUCGGUCGAGCUGGCUGGAGGUUGGAGGGGCGAACCGCCGGGUCUAGUUAACCGCUCGGACGCUGCGCGAACGGUGCUUCCAUGCUAUCCUACCACCUACCUACCUAUCGUCUAACCAGGGGCGCGUUGACUGUUUACCUCCCGCUAUCGCGCUGCGCUGCGCUGCUGGCUCGGUAUCGCGAUUUGCUCACGUCUUCUUGUAUGUUACGAUCUGCGCGGCGGGCGUUCUCCACAAGGGGGGGGGGGGCUGUCAGUCAUUAUUCGUUCUGCGUCUGUGUUGGUGUCGCUCUCAAUUGCAGAGGCCGAACGCCAUAGGGAGUUGUCAGCUCCCAUGUCCUUAUUCUGGGCUACCUUGUCUCCGCCAAAUACGUACUCUGUCCAGGGCAUCCCCGUAGAGCCGGCAUUUACUGAAUAAUGGUGUCGCUGCUAGAAUAUCGUGACCUCCUAUGCUUUUACAAUGCUCUUGUUGGUUUUAAUCCUUGCUUGUUGAAGGAAAUCACUUAUUGGAAGUGAUGUAGGCCGGUAUACCUCCAUAAUGUUCGUAAAAGGCAUACCUCCGGUAGCAAUGGUUGAAUUUUUAUUGUGUAUGAUGUCCCCGUUUUGUUCACUGUACAUUAUGGCAGUGAAUCGCAUAAGAAUAUGUCAAUGCGAAUCAAG